AACAACCCUUCCUGUCCCACACAGGCACAAACUUCCAAGAUGUCAAACAACGAAAAUUCCCCUGGUCAACUGGGCAAGUGGAGGGAAGACGAUCACGUCGCCUACACACAGAAUUCCCGUGCAUUCCGCAAGGGUAUUUCACCAUUUGAAGCUGUCGACUACUACUCCCAGUGGGCAGAAUGUCACCAAUAUGAUGAGGAUCUGCGACCUGGACGGUACAACGGCCCACUGAUUACCGCCACCGCUGUUGCAGAGUUCUUUCCCAAGGAUAGAGAGGAGAAGAAGAUCAUGGAUAUUGCUGCGGGAACCGGAUUUGUUGCCGAACAUCUGAAGGCCAAGGGGUUCCGUCACAUCGACGCACUAGAGCCGUCAACACAGAUGCUCUGCAGGGCCAAGGAGAAGGGGCUGUAUGAGAACUACUAUACCGACUUCCUGUCUGAGGAACCGCUGCCGACAAUCAAGGAAGACACCUACGACUGUGUUGUCAUUUGUGGUGGAAUGGGUGAAGGUCACAUACCUUGCUCCGGAAUCAGAGAACUUAUCCGAAUCACCAAACUAGGUGGGCUGAUAUGUAUCGUGAUGCGUGAACAAUAUUUGAUGGAGGUGGACGAAUACAAAGACCGUCUGGAACCAUUAAUGGACUUUCUGGAAAUGGCGGGAAAAUGGGUCCAGGUGGCACGUGCCACGGUCCCAGACUACUUCAUCAAUAUCCCCGGUGUGGUCUACAUGUACACCAAGAUAUGAACUCAAGCAACCAGUUUCUCAAAUGAAACCCAGAUGACGUUCACUCACGGCUCGAGUUUAGUAUAGCUUUGUGCUUGUUGCUAUAAUUGGGUUUAAAUCCGAUCUUGGCCCCCGUUUCGAAACCUGUCUCAGAGUUUUGUCUACAGUUAAUAUCUCUAUGAAAUCAUGCUUUAAUUUUCCAUAUUAUAUACGGUGAAAGAGCAUUUAUUUUUUUCGACGUAAUAUAAAUCUUAAAUGUAGACCUAUUCCUAUAAUACAGACAACGGUUCCUUCAGUCAAAGACUGUGUUCAUUGCAUAUCAGGGUUUAGUAUUUAACGAUCACCAAAGUUUAACGAUGAACAAGUACUUAAACGGUGAAACAAGACCUACAGGUGCUCUUCAAAGUACCCACUACAACAUGGUCGGUACAAUGAUGGUUGUGCCCAUGCCUUGUCGCAAAAGUCCAUCCACAUAACAUACCAACAUAUGUAAAUGAGCACUGUCAGUGGGAAGAAAUAGGUGUCUAACCCUUUCAGCUCUUUGAUAACCUUUUAGUGGAUAGUGUCUUCUGAGUGCUGAAUCCAUACAAAGUAAAUGGCAUGGCUGCAAUACUUGUCCUUCAAUACAGAAAUUUCUAUGCUUACUAGGUUCACAAAGAAAACAUACAGGUGUCCACAUUAUCCAAAUCGUAGAGAGAUAAUAAAGCAAUGACGAUGGUACAGGAACAGGUUGACAUAAUGCCUGCGCCACCACUCUGGUUCAUCCAUCCAUUUACCAUGGUAAACGAUCCACGCCAUGGUAACGCACAACCAGCUAGGUGACACAUUGUACUUCCCUGGUUGACAUUAGAUUUACAUACGUUUCGAAUACUCAUGACCUAUUCCGCCCGAAUACCCAAGAGGGGUGUACAAAAAAUAACAUUAAAUGUUCCUCUAAAUUCACGGCAAAACACUAUAUAUUUAACAUUUUACUAGCUUGCUAUUUACUUCCACCACGUUUUUCCAUCUUGGUGACGGUGAUCUUGCUGUGAUUGCGCACAAACCUGUCGUAACAACGAAACUCUAUGAAUGACCAUUUAACGGUCUUAUGUAUGCAUUCAAAGAGAAAGUAAACCUGAUACUGCA